UUUUUGCCUCCACCUACCACCUUAAAAUCGGGUAUCCUCAUCCUCACCACCUAUCGCCUCCUCUGCCUCCUUUCUUCUUCCACCACCACCCCUACUUCCGCCUCAUCCAUCCCUCUUGCCUUCAUUUCCCAUAUCUUAUCCUCUAAAAAAUCUCUCAAGUCUGUGUUCCACUCACCCAGGAUCCGCUUCCAAGUCAUCGUCUCAUCCGAUGGUUGGGUUUUCGAUUCGGGUUCUGGGUCUGGUUCCAGUAUAGGGUUGGGUUCGAGAUCAAUUAUUAUGAGGACAUUGGUUAGAGGGAAAGAGGAUUGUGGUGGUUUUUUGGUGAAGUUUUGUGAUAGUUGGCGGGCGAGAGCUUGGGAGAGUAAAGAUACUUCAGGUUCAAAUUGUGGUUCCUGCUCGGGUUUAGUUUUUGGUUCAGGAGCAAGCACAGGAACAGGUGGGGAGUUGUACUCGACUGACAGGUCCGUGAUAACUGUUGGGGUGACGGGGAUUUUAAGGAAGGAGCAAGAAAUAUGGGAAAGUAUUGAUAAGAGUUUGCAGGAUGCUUUUCAGGACUCAAAUGCUUUUCAGGAGGAUGAAAUUGAAUUUCUUUGAAAACCUGAUACUAAAGUCCCUCACCCAAUGCUAACGGCAACGUAAAACGACAGAACAAGGGUACCGAUUGAACGGAGACGACGAGAUGGACACAAGGACACCGGCGGUGAGAGUCACGGAGGGCGAAACGGAGACCAAACGGAGGGAAAACACAAUAACACUAGAGAGAAAAAAUGUUUGGGUAAAAAUGAUUUCAUAUAAC